GCCAGCGGGAGGUGGGAGGUCCUGUCGCGCACACAGUCACUCUCGAUGUAAACAAACCCUCUAUUUCAUGUCCCAAGUCGCGAGAUGACAACUACAGAUGACACAGUGCCUUCGGAUGAGGAAGGGGUGGAGGCCCUCGAAGCUGAACAUGUCUACAUCUUAAUGAAAAAAGAGUAUCGGAUAUCCCGAAAUGUUCGUGCCGAGUGGUAUUUGCAGCGAAUAAAUUCUGUGAUAACAGUGCCAAGAAGGGAGAAAUUAAGUGACUGUGAGGAGGAACUUGAAGUUGUAUCCGUGAUUCCUUUGGAUGUGCCCCGAGAAUGGGACUACGACACAUCACAUUUGUACAAGUACCGCAUCACUCAACGAACUACCCUGCACUUCCUCUCAAGAAAAUACAGGCUUGUGUUCUGCCUGGAUCUCUCUCCAUCCACCUCAAUUGUGGAUGUGACGAAGGGCAGCGUUGUUCUGGAUGAGGUGUUUUCCACCCUGAAGCAAUGUCUGAAGGGCAUUGUGCGACCGUUUUAUGUGCCAGGAAGUCAGUUACUGUUCCAGCCGAAGGUUUACUUGACCAUCAUCGCACACACUCCUUUUUUCAAGUCCCAGUCGCAGCAGGUUCUGGUGCAGGGUUGGCUUCUGAUGCUACACAACCUAGAUGCCUUCCUUGACAGCAUACAUGCAAAACUCACGAUGCUGGAAUCGCAGCUGGCUGAGGCCACUGCACAGACAUAUGACCAAAUGGAUAUUGCACGGGAUAGGUCCCAACUGGCGAGAGAAAAGGUCACAGGGAUGCUUUUUGAUGAGACUGUUGACUUGGGCCCCACAACAGUCACCAACCCCAUGGUAUCGCCUGACAUUGGUUUCGUCAACAUGCUGCGAUAUGGUAUUGUUGCUCUCCAAUUGCUACCAGAGAACAGUAGUGCAGGUAUUGUUGUGAUCACUGACGGGGUGAUUAGCCUGCCAGAUGCAACCAUGUUCGACAUCCUACUAGUCCAGUUGAGAAACCAGACGAUUGCAUGCAGUUUUCUCCAGCUUGGUUCCGUCUACCAUCCUCAGGCAUCCCUGGGAUAUGUGCCUUUCUCCGACCUUAUGCACUUCCUGGCAACGGCGACUUGUGGUGCUUACUUGGAUACCCUGCCUCCAAUUGAAGAGGAUUAUGUGUACCAUAUGAAUGACUACCACAAGGCGUUAUUAUCAUGGGGCUUCCAGAAGUUCAUGAAUGGACUUUCACCUGAUAAUGGAUAUUAUGGAAAUAAUAGGUUUUUCAAUUUGCAACCAAUAGCUCAGGAGGCAACAGAACUCAUCAGGAAGAAAGAAAGAGACACACAGUUGAACACAUCCCUCAAUGCUGUUCUCUCGUGUCGUUUAAGGGAAGGUUAUGCAAUCAAGCAAGUGAACAUAGCUGAUGAUCAAAUACAGCUAAUCUUAGUUCUGCCCUGGAAAUACUCAAUUUUCAUAGAAUAUCAUAUAAGAGCAGCCUGGCCACCAACCCAGUCCACUGUCUAUACAGAAGUAUGGAUUGAAGCUACAUACCAGUUCUUGAAUGAUGUAACCAACGACAUAAACAGGCAGUUUCGAUCCAAGUACAGGCAGCGCAUGGUUGCCAAGUAUUGGACUACCCUACAGCACCUACGAGAAACUGACAUGCUGUUGGUGGGGCUCCAGUCCUUUGCAUCUAGUCCUACAUUUUACACCAUACCUGACUGUGUGAAAAAUGGGUACCCAGUCUUCGAUCUGAACCCCGGUAACAACAACCCCAUCUCAGCUGCUGCUAGUGACCAGUUUCCCCAGUUUACAAACUUCUGGAAGCCAGUGUGUAUGCUUGAUAUCAAUAUCUGGCAGAAGUGGAUGCACACUCACCGCAUAGGAGUUAUUGUAGAGCACGACCAUCCGUUGCCCAAGAACCUCCAUGUUCUCCAUGUCACUAGCACCAGUGGGAGAUAUGGGAUGGUACAGUGCCGUCAAGGGGAGCUGGCUCUCACUACACUCCUUGCCAAAUGGUGUGACUUUGUACUGAUUGAGAACCAUUCCUACAUAAAAUUCUUGUACAAGGACGAUGAUCGAGAGAAGCCACCUAUGUCUUUCUUUGUGGUUCGCAUAACAUCGAAACCUCCCCCUUGUCUUGUUAUUUGGCUGGCUUUCCUUGGAGGAACGGCUGGUCACCUCAGGAAUCAGACUGUAGGACAACUUACCAAGAAAAUCCAAGAGUUGACCUAUCCUUCUCGUAUGGGAUUUACAGACAGGAGCAAGUCUCUCACUCCCGUCCCGCAGCAGGAUAAGGACAAUGAAUGUGGGGAGUCAGCCAUGUCGGCCUCGGCAGAGCUGAGACCUGUUGGAGUGCGUCCCCCUCUGACUCGAGUGGCGUCGAACAUCCCUUGUGUUGUCAUCACGCACAAGCCAAUUGAGAAAAUCCUAAUAUGGUAUGAGAAGAUGCCAGGCAACCUGCUUAGUAGCAUUGUGCAAGAAACUCCCAUCAGUCCUUCCACCAAGUCGAUCUAUGCAAAACUGGGCACCACAAAGUCAGCCACAAACAACAUGGCUCUCCUGUCUCGCUACCUCCACCACAGGAGAUGGAUUUGGUCAGUGCAGGCACCAAAUGCACCGUCAGUCUCGCUUAAUGCCGUGGCGAGAGUUCUGCAUACUCUCACCAGAAUAAGGCUGCAAGAAGGCUUCAAGUUCGCACAUUCUUGCAAUGGAAUCAUCACUAUGGUUCGGGAAUUUGACAUGAAAUUGGAACUGCGUGAGGGUGAAGACGAGGGUUUGCUGGAGUCCACAGAGGAAGGCAGGCAGGAGACCUUCCCUUGCGUGGCGCAGUAUGUCAUUUUCCCGCCACAUGUCACCAAUAGCUCUAGGGACAGCAUUGUAGAUGAAGACUGGGAAGAAGGAGACAGCGUAGAAGCAGAUGGGGAGUUGCAGGUUGUGACCGAGUGCUGGGUAGAGCCUCAAAACGGGGCAGUUACAACUCCCUCACCUCAUGCCUCCCAUUACCACAACUGCAACUAUCGACAGCUUGCUCAGGCAUUCUAUCCAGUGGACCAGGAAAGUAUUUGGGGUCUGCUGACUCUGGAACAGCUGCUGCUCAUGUGCCAGAGUGCGCCUCUUCCUGCUGGCCCGGGACUUACAGAACUGCGACCUCCCCUGACAGAGGCCAGCCAGGACCUCCAACCUAGGAUCUCACAAGUGCCAUUCACAUUUGAUCUUAUUAGGCUCCUGCCCAAGUGUCAGCAAGUGGAACUGCUCGUGUCAACUUACGUACAAGAUUUGUUCACAAGUCUCAUAAAAAGAGUUACUUUUGGAGGUGAGACUUCUGGCAUUGAUGAAGCUAACCAGAUAGCCUAUUCUCUGCUGCUGGAACACUUGAGCCAGCUGCACCACGAUCGAGAGUUCCACCUGAGCACAGCAGACUUACAAGCCUUGCCCAAGAUGCUCCGGGAUCGCCAGCGCUCUCAUAAUGCCCAGCCAUCACCUUUUAUCAAUACCAGUGUUGGUAGAAUGAGUGACCCUCCAAAAUGGCGUUGCUUCCUGAAGGGAGUUUCUAAUAACCACCUUCUGAUUACUCUGCUUCCUGCCUCCUAUCAUGACCUUAAGCUCCUGCUCGUGAAACGGGCAAAUAUUUCUGAUGCCACAAAUAAAGCUAUUAGACUCAUACCUGGCACAGAGAACGUUUUGGACUUGGACACAGAGACAAACACUACUGAUCAGCCACAGGGGGGAGUGACGUCAGAACAGCAGGUGUCCCUAGAGAGCAGCAACUCCUCCUUGACACAUCUUACAUCCCCAAGCCUUCCGCCUCCAACCCCUACAAGCAGUCGGUCAUCAACCAUGUUUAUGGAGAGUGGAGACAACAUCACCCCAAGGGUCAGGUACCGUUCAGGACCAGUUCCUCCCACGCACUCCCAGCCAGUGCAGCAAAUCAUCUCCGACUCCAUACGUGAACGGGCCAGUUCAUUCCACGUAAGCAGGGAUCGGUGUAGCUCCUUCGGUCAGAGUGAGUCGAUAGCCGAGAGGAACAGAACUGGAUCCAUCGACUCACCCACUAAAGAGCCACAGUGUGAUCCUCCCCCAGUGGCUUCACCCACAGACCAUGCUAGGAAGAGAUACAUUUCCAUGCCAUCAAAGUCGCACUCGGGUGUCUUUGAUACAUCGAGCAAGAGCAUGUCAACGGAGGCCAUAAGAAGCGAUGAUAGUUGCCUUCCUCUACAUCUCCGAGGCCAAGGGACUGUAAAUGAAUGUGAAGGUAUCUGCAGAGUCCCUAGUGCUGAUGAGAGCAUGAGUGCCGUGCCACCGUCACCUUGUCACAAGCCACUGUUUGGUGCCGUUAUGCUUCCUAUCUACAUCUACGACUGCAAGUUGAGUAGUAUUACCACGCAGCUCGUUAAUAGAGAGGAGCGCUGCAAUGUGGUUGGCAAGGACAUCUAUGUUGAUUCCACAUUUAAAUUGGAAUCGGAUGUGGUGGAGGACACUGUGCCUCUUAAGGACGAACCCCUGCCUGCUUCUCUCAACAUCCAGGAGGACCUUAAGCAGCCAAGUCCAGAACCACGAUCCGAGGAGUCCGAUGUCGGAGCUGAUUCGAGUUGUCUGCGUGCCCACAUGGAGGCAAUAGAAGUAUGUCACCUUCGAAGUUUUGUUCUUGGUGUUUUCCAAGCGCUUCAGAAAGACCUUAUUGUCCAUUCACAUGACGUGCAGGCUGCUCUCGAUCACUGUCAUGAAUCAGUCAUGGAAAUUGAAAUAACUCACUUCCUUCAAACAAUAUGUGGGCAUCUUCGAGACUUCCGUCUGCGCAUGAAUUUGGAGCAGAUGCAUCAGUGUCGACCUGAAUCAGUUUUAGUACCAGAAGCAGAUGAUGCAAAUCAGUCUAGUAAUGUGAAGGACAUGAAGAAGAACAGCCAAGACCCACCCUUUUCACCUAUGCCAUCGAGUACGAAAAUGAGCAGUGGCAGCAGUCGCAGCAAUAAAUUCCCGCUCUCCCUCUUAAAGCUCCACCUUCCGUGCCGUGACUUGCAGCAACUCCAUACGAGCAUCAAGGAGAGAUUCACAACCAUUCUUCAGGGUUCCUUCCGGCCAGUUCCGUCACUCCCAGAGUAUUAUUAUUUCUCUCCUCGCACUCUUCAUCACUCAAGUGAGGGAACACCAGUUGGAGAGUUCAUCUAUGUCUCUGGCCAGGACCUUGAACACUGGGACCAGGCUCAGCUUGACCUGACGAAGCAUCGAAAAUUGCGAAGAGUAUCUGUCAGCAAGAAGUCGGAUGUAUUUACCGAAGGCGAAGAGGAACUGGAGGACGAGACAACUGUAAAUGGUGCAGAGGAAGACGACGACGAUGACGAUGAUGAAGUUGGGGAAGAGGAAGAAGAUCACGACAAGAGCAUAGAGUUUAGAUCAGAAGUAGGAAGCAGCGUUUAUCGCCGUCUGCACAGCCAGUUGACAGCUUUUGAGGGUGACGAAGAUAAGACCUCUGUCAUUAGCGAGCGAGAUGAGGACCUAAGCACAGUGCCAGACCACAUGGAUCUGGGCGAUGGGCCAAUACCACCUCUCUUCCUUCACCUUACCUGCACAGUGUAUCUGGCAGGUCAUGUCCAGUCUACCAUCUCGGUUAAAUGUCUCCCAACAUGCUUAGAUGAAGUUGUCCGCUGCCUGGGUAGCAAUGAAGUGGAUUUAUCGUCAGUAACCAUGACCCUGGACGUGCUCUGUAUGACUCUUCCCCCUGCCCUAGCGACCACAGACACAAGUGAAACUGUUGCAUCGUUACUGGAUCUGCGGUCCAAUCGCACCACCAGCUUCUGCUCAACGGCUUCACCACAACUAAGGAGAGGAAGGACAAUAUCGGAAUCCACCUGCGCGUCCAUGACGGAUGUAGAUGAGUCGUAUAUUGAAGAUGAGGAUCAACUUGCACACCUGCCAAACAGCCAGUAUCAGGCCAUUGUAACAACAGUAGAUGAGAUUAAAUGGCUGCUCCGUGAUGAAAUAGCAUCAUCUAUGUUGCACAGUUAUCCACUCACAGAGCAGAUGCUGGACAUGGUGGCGGCACAUGUUGAGAGCUCACAGAAGCCUAGAAACUGCAUAUCAGAAUCAAUUGCCUUGAACUUUGUGUGUGGUAUGGAGCAGAGCAAGGAUAAGUUUAUGCAGGAAUUUGGAAGACUGAGUGUUAAUGGUCACCACCUACAGCAGGAAGGAAAUCUGUAUUACUUGGUUCAAGACAAGACGCAAAUAAGAAGGCGGCACUUCUCGUCUUUGGUGCCACCUCUAGGCAUCAAGAAUCAGUUUCUCAUUGUGAGACCACAUCCCCAUGCAGAUGACACAGCUCAGUUGAGGCAAAUGGAGAAUGUAUGUCAGAUGAAUAAAGUCAGUCUAUCAUCGCCAGAUGUGCUCAAAAGUCCUCCAACCAAAAUACAGGCAGCAAAAGUUUCAUUUGAUACUGAAUCAUUUGCAGGGGAAGGUGAAAGCAGUUUACGAGCAGAUGGGUCGGAGAAAGAGAAGUGGGUGCGGCGGAGAGAGAGGAAGGAGAGAAGGGACUCGGAGAGAAGGGGAUCUGUUAACUCUUCAGACUCGGACUCAGAUGAUAACCACAUGAGAGGUAAUUUUUCACGAGAAUCUUCACAUCAGCCAUCUGAUAUGAGAGUCCGUUCCUAUGAGUCUCCAAAGAAGAGUAUUAUCCUCCCUGCUGAUUUAUCUGUAUCCAAAUUAGAAGAAGUUAUAAGUAAAGAUAAGGAGGUCCCUGUCAAGCAACCAGAGAGCACAGCUGUAGCCAUCACAGAGACCAGAACGGUAAAACGGCAGGAUGCUUUACCUUCGGAAGAUUCGGAAUAUUUGCUCCCACAGCAGAAAGAUAAGGAAACAGGAGAGGAAAUCAACAUUUAUAGCAUGGAGAAUGCACCUUUGGAAGAGCAAACAGCUAGUUCACUGAGCAUGCCAAAAGACAUUCAGAUUUCAGACUUAGCCGGUCUCACAGAGGAAACAGGAAAGCCAAUAGUAAUAAGUGACCUAAUUGAAGUGAAAGGUGAGGCCCCCAAAGAGGAGGUUAGCGAAUCCCUCAAGGAAAUGUCCAAAUCGGAAGGUGGCGGUCAAUCAAGUACAGAAUUAUGCGGCGAAACCAAGACGGCAAGCGAAGAAGCAGUGGCACAUGAAGUAUUAGGGAGGUCCAGCAGUAUGGUUUCUCAAGACACUACAUCUGCAGCCGUUGAGAAGCCAUUCAAGGACGGAGCUCAUCGACUGUCCUUGCCUCUCAAUGAGCUUAUUAGGUGUGGUUCCGAAAGCAUUCCCCGGCCUCAGGCAUCGGCAGAAGUGAUUCGAAAAUCUGCAAGCACAGAUAACUUUGUCCCAAAUGUGACAGAGGCUGCAGUUGAACAGCUGAGAGGAUCAUCAAACAGUGUGAUGAAUACCAGUGGAAGUAGUUGUGGUUUGUGGGCAGAGCUGUUCAAAAGUCGCCACAAUUCUGCAGAGCUUAUGAAAAGUCGGCAUAAUUCAGGGGCAAGUGCAGAUCUACUGAAAAGCAGGCACAGCUCAGGAGCUGGAGGUGAGCUUAUGAAGAGCCGCCACAACUCAGGGACCGGCUCUGUUCCCGGAGGUCAUUAUUCUGACGUGUCAAGUCUGUUGGAGUCUGGACAGACAACGGAGGAUGGGUGCGAGGGAGACAUAAGUGACUCUGACAAUGACUGCUGUGACUGGCUACAGGACUUUGAGUCAGUGAGGCCUUUCUUGCCGGAGUUUUGGCUGAUCUUGAGGGUUUCCAAAGACAGAGUGGAUACGUUUUUCCAUUGCAGGACCGAGGCAGAGAUGGCUCGUUGGCGUGGUGUUCAAGCAGAAGUUGUGCGAAGUGUUCGGAAUCUUGUUAAGAUUGUCAACCAGACAUUGUUGCUGCAAGAUCUGCAUAAUACACGCAUGUGUAACCGUCUCCUUGAACCAGAAACAUGUGACGAUAUCUGGCGGCAUGAAGAAUCAAAGGGGCGUGGGAUAGAUGACGGAGAUCCUGACACUCGAGGCUAUCUGGAAGCAGCUCUGAAGUUUAAAGCAGGAGCAUUUGCUUGUCAAGUUGUUUGGGAAACCCAUUUUGAACUGCAUCCAAAAGUGAAGUUGGGCGCUGGGAAGGUCUGCAGCAAGGGUAUUCAAGCCCUCCGGACUAUCCUCAACCCGUUCUCAGUCAACAACCGCAAGAAUAUGUUUGUUUAUGAGGACAGCUCGGGGAAUGGAUCGAAUGUCUUCUAUUUAAGACUGAAUGAACAGCAGUCUGUAUCAGUCUCUCCUCAAGUGGAUGGCCGGCGGGAUGACUGUGGCUUGUCCCGAAGUUCAUCCGCUGUGUCUCUGGGUAAACGAGGCAGCCGGGAGGAUGACUCAUUAAGCCUCAAGAAUGUGGGCACAUCUCAGCCCUAUGAACUGCGUCCACGUGUGAGCUCAUUUGGAGAGAAAGAUGUGAUAAUGGAGGGCGUCCCGUCCACUCCUGCACAGCGCAAACGCAACCACUACAUAGUUCUGACAGUGCAUGGCAUUGCAGAGCCAGGCCCUGCAAUCAAAGAGGAACUGGUGCGGAUGCUGCAGAACCGCCUGGACGAGGCCGUGGUUGAGGCCAUCUGCAUCAUGCUGUGGAGCAACCCCCAGCACAAACUCACACCAGAAGAUGUCCAUUUCAUCCAGCCCCCCUACCAGCCACCGAAGACCGUGCUGAGGUUUACUGUCAGUGCUAAUGCUCUUCCUUACCUGCAAGCCGUUGGUUACUAUCUGCGGCAGAAUAUGUUGUCCUGCAGCUUUAUUCAUCCCAAAUUUGCAGAUAAUCGACCAGAGCAUCACUUUCAGGACUUUUCAGCAACAGACCAAGAAAUGUCGAGCGAACCCAACAUCUUCCUCUUUGUGCGACCAAGAAUGUCAGCUGCAAAGGGCAUAGCAUGUAUAGCUUUCUCCAUAGUUGAUGGGAGCAGCAACACAGUACAGCACAUCAGCUGUCCGAGACCUUCCCCAGAUGCCUAUCAAGAAAUCUUUUCAAAACAUGAUUUUGAAGUUUUAACUCAGACCCAAGAAUAUCAACCCAGUCCAACUAAGAGUCCAGGGCCGAUGGCGAUGCUCCAGUUCAAAGUCUGGGAAUCGGGGCGAGUGGACCUUGAUGAAAUACGCAGGUACUUGGUGGACUCGAUUUGCCACGCACUUUGGGACGUGAACACAGAGUACCGACUCCUGACAGCUCCUAUCAUGCCUACUCAGGCUCCGCAGAUGCAUGGGACGCCCGCUUCGGAACCGACAACUCCGAAGAAAGAUACUCAUGGUGAAGCACUGCGCUCAGUGAGCUUGCUGGAAACAGGGGCGCAUCCAGUGGAGGAUCGCAUGAGGUCAAUCUCUAUCUCUGGAGUGCCCCCACAUGUUUGUCUCCCUCGCAUGGCAAACAGGAUGGGGAGUAAAAAAAUAGCUCGCCCAACUGAGAGUCACGGGGAGAGCCAGAAGGAGAGAGCCCCAUCGCCUCUCACAUUAGUGCAGGCCAGACUGCGCCUCAUGUCUAACUCUGUGCCUGACCUGAAGUUACGAGGUCGCAGGGCAUCAUUACAGUCUCCCUGGGACAACACUUCUGGGAGCGAAGGGACACCCAGCACUGGUCAUUCUCCCCUAAAGCUGCGACAUUCAGUUGAUUUUGGGGUUGAGCGCGGAAGAUUGCUCGGCCAGGAGGGACGAGAGAACCCGCCGUGGGAACAGAACGUCUCCAACACCCUGCAUCCAGUAUUCUCGGGCAUAAUGAUCGACUGGCUGGAAUACGCGCACGAGCUGGCCGAGAAGGGGGAACACGCAGCCCGGAGGGAACUGGUGGAGAAGGGAGAGCAUGUCGUACGGAAGGAGUUAGUCGAGAAGGGAGGGGGAGAGCACGCCGUUCGGAAGCAUACCGUCACGAUUACAACCAGACAUGCAGUUCCCAUUUUUAUAACAGAACUACAGAAAUGGGUGUCACAAAAUUCGAGUGACACGACCACAAAAAUCUUUGAAGAAUCCGUGAAAGAAGGAGAGCCUCCAGUUUACAACUUAGUUGAGUUUAAUAAGGUCCCCCAGAUUCUGAAGUCUGACUCAGGCACGGGGUACGAACACAAUAACCUGAUUGUCAUUGGCCGCAACAAUCAGCAAUGGUGGGCAACACUUUCCGAAGACAGUUUCAAUGAUUAUUAUGUGUCAACAGUGAAAGGUAGUAAAAACAGUCAGAGAUACCCCCCACUGGUCUUCUGGCCCAGGGGCAGGUAUGCCAGUGGUGGUGAAUCAAGUUUUACCAAGCUGGAAAGUUCCACCAGUGGUCUCAGUACCCCUGGCACAGCCCCGCCAACAGUGCCAUCGUCAUCCAUACCAACAAGUACUGUGGCAUCAUCCACCAUACCCAUAUCCGUUCCUGUGACUGUGCCUUCCACGCCUACCAGCCUCCCAUCAGCUGCUGGUUCGCUGUGGACCUGUGAAACCACAGAUUCACUCUUCAUUCCUCGGCAAAAGCUACUUUUGGCUACACUCUUUGGGCAAGAGCUUGUGAUCUACACCUACAACUGGACAAAGGAUCAGUGUGAAUCCUUGCACACAGCCAUGACUCAGCUGGCACAUUGGUCCAGCGCUCGCACACGUUUACUCUCCUCUGUUGUCCUCCAAAAGAUUGGUUUAUUCCACAACCAACCUUUCAUUCGGAAGGCACAAGAUAAGAAGAAAGAGGAUAACCCAUACGUUGGCUCCCAGGGACACGUGGAGGCUCUGAUAAAGUACCAGGCUCCAGGAAGAGAAAUGCUUACAGCAACUGAAAGGGGCAACAGGAGGGUGCAGGUGAUAUCAAUGCCAAACUUGGGUGAUGUGUACAGAGACAGCAGACCCCCUCGUCCACUGAAGAACUCACACUUUGGAAACUUCAAAGACUUGGAACUUCGUCAUGGCACACAGCUGAUAGAGAUAAGACGCCUAAAUGUGCAGAGAGAAAAUCAGCGGAAAGUACUGUUGCAGACCAUGGUUCAGGCACCAGGACAUUCAAGUCCAGUCUUCAAUGACAAGAUAUUAGCUCUCUAUAAGCAGACUGCACGCAUUGCUCAUGUUUGUUAUACACCUCUGCUUUUCCUGCCAAGGUGGCGCUGGCAGGUGGCAGCCACUCGAGAUCACAGCCUGGCAGAUCCUCAAGCUUCCUGUGAUAGAGUUCUGCCUCUUGGAAGCAAAACUCCAGAACCAAGAUCUCGCCAUGACUCGGGCAACUCCAUGAAGAGUGCCUCUGGUGCUGGGCCAACUGACCUGCGACGGUCUUUGUCUCUGAAAUCAAAUGUUUCCAGCCCUGGGCAACGGCGGCGGAAUGUCACCGGUGGAGAUGACAAAUGGCAUGGUGCUCUCUGCUCUAGCUAUCUGAAGGAGUAUAUACAAUACCUGCAGAGUUUAGGGUUUUUGACACUGAAUGUUGCACAUGCCCCACAACAGAAAGGACGUAGCGGUGGAAGGGAAACAGAGGACAAGGUUUACCGCCCAAAGGGAGUUCGCUUCAGUGAACAGAUAACAGCUGAGCCAAGUUAUUUGCUGAAAAAUGUCCUUGGAGGAACACUUCUGCUGGAGAUUGCUUUUUGUGAGCCAUAUUUCUCAACCAAGCUUUACGUCCUGGAGUCUACUAGAUUGCAAGGAAAGAAAUACACAAGUCUCUCCUCUCAAUUUGCCAUCAAUUUCUUCCUGGAUGAAGUGGACAACGUGAAGGUGUUGUUGCACAUGCAUUCCUUCACUUAUGACUUUCACCUGCGAGCCGUGUGUGCGUACGUUGCAGACCGCCAGCUCCUGUUCACGCCGGGAUACCAUUUGUCUUCCUUCCUCUCCGAUUUCAUUAAGUAUUACAACAAAGGACCAAACUUUGCAAGAAACCUCAUUUAUUCAGGUGAAUUGACCGUGGAGGACACUGGCUCUCCAGGCGAACAGCUGUAUAACUAUCUCUUGGCUCGUGAGAAGCAGUACAAGAUGAGGGUCCUGCGAAUGACGCCUGUUAUCCUAGACCCAACAGCAGACAUGCAAUAUACCGAAUUUGUCUUAGUCCACACAAAGACAUGCCGAGUUCACUACAGUGACGCCAAUGACCAGAGAGUUUCUGAUGACUAUGAUGUCACUCUGCUGGUCUCCCACAAUGCGACGCUCGAUGCCCACCCCUCAGACCAGCAGCUGAAUGUCCUGCAUCUCAACUUCUAUGUCAUCUUAACCAGUAGACGAGAGAUGUAUCCAAAUCGUAUCCUAGAGAAGAAAAUGGGCAAAUUCCGCACAGUGUCAACAGCCCCGUCACUUGGACACUGGAAGACUGCGACCUCAUCUCAACCAGAGAGCAGUAACGAGAGUGGGUCCUGCACUCCCCCCGCGAUGUCCGGCCAGGUCUUCACGGAGGCGGGGGGGCACCUCCAAGCUCCCCCAGGGUUACAGCCUCCCCCACCCGCCCUGUCCUCCUCCACCCACACCUCCACCACCUCGAGUGAUCCCCCGCCCCCUGUCAAGUCGUACAUAGGGAUCAGGCUGGAGAGUGUGAAUUACCUUGGCUACUACACAGUUUACGAAGAGACAAUGCAGAAAACACUCCUGAAUCAAGCUGAGGAAGCGAGGACUCGUAUCCAGCAUAUCUUCAAUCAAGCAAAGAUACAUUGCAGACGUGACUCUUUGUGGCAGAGAUUGACAGCAAGUGUCCGAGAUGAAGAUAGGCAGAAGUUACCUAGCCAGGCUCUUGGUGGUUUGAGUUUUAGGGAGCUCAGCGAACUGUUGAGUUUAGUGCGAGUUGAGCCUUUGAGUUCAGUCGAUCCACAGUUACUGCCUCUGAUCACAAAACCACUCCAGUGGUAUCAGACCUUGACGAGGGUGUUGCAAGCAAAGUACCAGGAAAGACACAGGAGUUUAACCUCGAGUGACGGCAACGUUCAACACAACGUCAUCUUGAGUCCCUCGUGUCCAGAUGCCUUCAUGAUGCUCUCGGUCGACCUCUACAAGCAGAAGGCUGACUUGUGUUGCGUCAACAAGCAGCUGAAGGGGGAGAGCUCGGAGCCGAUUAUCCGCGACAACCGGAUACAAGUUCUGGUGCAAGAUUUCGUCAACGCUUGCUGUUUCCAUCUUUGGUGUGGAUUGUUAUAAUAAUUCUCCUCCAGUUCUUAUUUGUUGUCAUUAUGUUAAAUGUGUUGUAUUUAUUCUGAGAAAUGAUGAGGUUGAUUUCUGAUAGAUUUCAUUGUUUUUUAUUUUUUGUUUUUGUUUUUGUUUUUAUUAUUAUUAUUUUUUUUUUAUGUGAACAGUUGUGAAAUAAUAGCAUUAGUCUUGAUAGUAAUAGAGGUAGAAUUUUAUCAGAGAAUCUAUUUUUCUAUCAAUUUUCUUGUAAAGUUAUAAAUAAUUUUUUGUCUAGAUUUUUUUUUUCUUUCUUUUUUUUUUUUUUUUUUUUUUAAAGCUUUUAGUUUUUUCAUUGGGAUUCUCUUGCAUUAUCUUGCAAACUUGUUGAUAUUUGCUUAUUCCAUGGAAUAUAUGUAAAGGUUAUAUUGAACAGCUAGUCAGCGUAUAAUUGCAUUCUUAACUCAAAGCAUUGUCAGAUUACGAAAAAGUACUGAGUGGACAGUAUAGCAGCACUAUUUUCUUAUCUAUUUUAUGUUAAUCAGUAGUAUACAUAUGCAUUAUAUAUUUGUAUUUGUAUAUAAGCACAAUGAAAGCGGUUUACAGACAGCAUAGAAUUGUGUGGGAAAUUUUUGGUACAUAGAUGUAUUCUGUAAAAGUGUGUUUGUUAAAGGAAGUGUAUAUGAAAAGGGAAAAUGUAAUAAAUUGCUUAUAUGUUACUCUUGUUGUGUUAUAUAUAUUAAAUGUCUGAAAUGGCAAAAAGUUCUGAAUCUGAAUAAUUGGGAAAUUACGUGAAAGGAAGAUUAGAGUAAAUGCAUGCGGGAUUUCACCUGUUCCAAGAAUAUGGCAUAUGCUUAUGGCACAACAUUAACUCUUCUCAUAGCUUGGUUAUAUUUAUUUUUUUCUUUUCUUUCUUUUUUUCUUUCCAGUAACAUUUUCAGUUUAUUGGUGUAUAUAUAGGAACAUUGUUUGUGGCAUGUUCUGUUCAGCCAACAGAGGUUUCAAAGCAGUGUCAUAAUGUUUAUAAUCAAACAUAGGUGCUAUUUCUUAUAUGUAUAUGUAUGUGUAUAUAUAUAUAUAUAUAUAUAUAUAUAUAUAUAUAUAUAUAUAUAUAUAUAUAUAUAUAUAUAUAUAUAUAUAUAUAUAUAUAUAUAUAUAUAAUGUGAGACAUACAGUCAGACAGAUGAGUGAGAGAAGGAGGGAGGACAGGGAAGUAGGGAGUGGAAACUAGCAUAUGUAGUAUCAUGUGGCAUAUUUCCUCUAGCCUUACUGCCAUGAAGAGCUGUACCCCCACAUCCCUAUGCUUCCUUCUACCCACCUGGGCAUUCUUCCAUGUGUCUAGGUGGCUUUUUGCCCCACCCUUUCUGCUACCCCCCACUCUAAGGCUCAGAGACCACUACAGCCACCUCCCCUUUUGCUUUCCCCAAGGACUUCCCAGCCCCAUUUCUAGCUUGUACUCAUUGCCUGGCAUGACUGAGCAAAAUUUUUGUUCAUUUUUGUUAUGAAACUUGUAAAUAUUGCCUUGUGAAUCAUGAUAAAUGUGUGUUUUAUAUUGUUACAUGUGUUUUAUAUACUUUUUUUCCAUGCUUGUGAGAUAACAUUUUCAGCUUUGAUGCUCUACUGUUUGGAAACUAUUUAACACCACCCUUCAUAUGAUAUAUAUUCUCUGGUGUGUAUAACUGGGCAAAGGAGGGCCGGGGAAUUACAGUCUUUAGAGUUUAUGUUUUACAGUAUUUUAAAAGGUAGGCCAUUUGCCCAGACCAUGGAUGUAGGUGUAUAUCUUCUUGUUUCUGGGUUAUGUACAUAUUUGUACAUGAAGAACUAUGCAAAGCUUUUUCUUCUUCUUCUUAUAUUUAGGGUAAAAUCCAACAGGCAAGCUCUGUCCCAUAUUAAUGAAACAUACUUUUUUUU